AUGCUGGAACGUUGGGGUUCACAUGCGUAUGGCUUCUUCGAUCCGCGGCCUGCUGUCAAGGAAAUCCAGGGUCGUCGUGCCCAUGUCUUCCGAUGCUCGGCGACAAUCUGUCGGGGUUCUACAAGAAAUGUUAAUCGCUUCCUCAACACGGGUGAUGUAUCGUCCACGAGCAACUUACUCAAGCAUGCCACAAAAUGCUUCGGGCACGAAGCUGUUGAUCGCGCGCGCAACAACAAGCUCUCAGCGGAGCAAGUGCGGGCGAAUAUUGUCAAGGCGACGACAAGUGAAAGCAUCAAUAAGUACUUCAAAGCCACCAGUAAGAACACGGUCACGUACUCACAUCGGCAGCUUACUGCGUCCGAGACACGGUGCGAGUUUGUCCGGUGGUGUGCUGAGUCGUACCGCCCAUUUGAGAUCGUCAAGGACACGCACCUUCAAGUUAUCUUGAAAUCAGGACGACCGGGGUUCAUGGUUCCGUCGCCGAGCACGGUUGCGCGCGAUACCAAAUUGCUGUUCGCUCGUACACGCCGGCGUCUUCGUCGUCUACUUUGCGACUACGAUGGUCGGCUCAGCAUUGCAACGGACUGCUGGACGUCUCCGAACGGCCACGCGCUCAUGGCCAUCACGGUGCAUGUGGUCCAUGAGAAUGCACCUAUGUGCUUGGUUCUUGAUAUUGUCGAGAUACCCAAGGUAUAUAAUUUGAUCUGCUAG